CACACACACACACACAUACAUACAUAUACGUUUUCUCUCUCUCUCUCUCUCUCUCUCUCUCCAGGGUUAUCAUCACCAUCGUCUCUGUCUUUCAGUACUCUGUGUGUCAGUGAGCCAAGGCCAGGAUAGGACGACUUAUUAUUGGUUCUCCUUCCUUCUCUCUCUAAAGUUGUCUUCUCCAAUAAUUCACUGUAAUUCGCCGAGCAACCGAGGUUUCCAUGAAGCGAGGCCAGAAUCGGAGUUUCUGAGACAGAAAUCAAUGGAUUCCUCUUACGGUAACACUAACGGCGGAGACGCCGCGUCCAGAGGCUCUACGACUUCUCCAAUGGACGAUCAUGAAAAUGCGCUGUACAAGGAGCUCUGGCACGCUUGCGCGGGUCCUCUGGUGACGCUUCCUCGCUCUGGCUCCCUUGUUUACUAUUUUCCCCAGGGCCAUAUCGAGCAGGUGGAGGCGUCGAUGAAUCAAGUAGUUGAUCAGCAAAUGCCGGCCUAUGAUCUUCCCCCUAAAAUCCUCUGUCGCGUUAUGAAUGUUGUGUUGAAGGCUGAACCAGACACGGAUGAAGUGUAUGCUCAAAUGACUUUGCUUCCUGAACUUAAGCUAGAUGAGAAUAUGGCGAAGAGGGAGAAAACUCCGCCUUGCCCUCCGCAGCCUCGGGUGUAUUCCUUCUGUAAGACUCUUACAGCCUCGGAUACAAGCACUCAUGGUGGCUUCUCUGUCCUAAAACGGCAUGCGGAUGAAUGCCUUCCCCGACUGGACAUGUCUAAGCAGCCUCCGAAUCAGGAAUUGGUAGCUAAAGAUUUGCAUGGCCUUGAGUGGCGUUUUCGCCAUAUCUUUCGAGGUCAUCCAAAGAGACAUCUUCUUCAAAGUGGUUGGAGUCUCUUUGUCAGCUCAAAAAAGCUUGUUGCAGGCGAUGCUUUUAUUUUCCUCAGGGGUGACACUGGAGAACUUCGUGUAAGGGUUAGACGGGCUAUGAGGCAACCGAGUAAUGCUUCAUCCUCAGUCAUCUCUAGUCAUAGUAUGCAUAUUGGUGUACUAGCAACGGCAUGGCAUGCUGUUUCAACGGGAUCAAUGUUCAUUGUUUAUUACAAGCCAAGGACAAGCCCUUCCGAGUUUAUUGUUCCCUUUGAAGAGUACAAAGAGUCCGUCAAGAAUGAGUAUCCUACAGGGAUGAGGUUCAAAAUGAGGUUUGAAGGUGAAGAAGCUCCUGAGCAAAGGUUCUCAGGUACUGUGAUUGGGACUGAAGAUUUAGAUCCUAUGAGAUGGCCUGGAUCCAAAUGGAGAUGCCUUAAGGUUCGCUGGGAUGAAACUUCUCACUUUCACCGUCCAGAUAGAGUUUCCCCUUGGAAAAUAGAACCUGUUUCAAUUCAUGCCCCAGACCCUCUUCCAGUAUGUCCGAUGAAAAGGCCUCGCUUGAGCAUAUCAUCGUCUACCUCAUCUCUCCAUGCAACAACGGAAGGCCCGUCUAAAAGCAAUGUAGAAGCUCCAACAUGGAAUGAGUGCUCAAGGGCCUCUCAAGGUCAAGGCUUGACCUUAAGUGGUGGUGUCUUUGCUAGGAAUUUUGAAUCAAACGUUGAGAAUGUCACCACCUACAUUCCUUCAUCACAAGGCAAGGAUCAUCAAACAAACUUGCUCUUUGGAAAAAGAUGUUUUGCUCCGGAGGAUAGAGUUGCUCAAAUAAGGCUUGGAUCACAAUGCACAAAGGAGAUCUUAGCCCCCAUAGCACGCCAGAAAUCGUACAUGGCGGGUUGGCCUUUGGUUGAUCAAAACUCAACCGACAUCAACUGCUUGCUUCCUUUCCGAGAUUUUAAUGAUGGAAUGCAUGGACUUGAAGUCCAGCAGCAGCUGCCCAGAGAUUGGUUGUUGCCUCUGCUGCAGCCAGCACAUGCUGAAAACUCUAAUCACCAAAUGAUUCUGAAUUUGGACGACCUGCCUUUGCAACAAGAUUUGAAAGCCAAGGGGAACGGAGAAUGCAAACUCUUUGGUUUCUCCCUCCUUGGUAACCCUGCCAUGACAGAGCAAGAAAUACCAUACUUGAACUCUACAGACAGGCUACGAGGUCAUACUGAUGUUGAAUCAUCAGAGCAUCACCAAGAUAUAGGACCGGGACAAGUGUUGAAGGGGUUAAAGAUUCCGGAGUUCUCCGAUACUGAAACUGUAGGAGAUGAACAAGGGCAACACUCUCAAGUUUUAAAGAAGUUUUCUCGAGACAGUCAGGUUAAGCUUCAGGGUUGUUCGACGAGAAGCUGCAUUAAGGUUCACAAGCAGGGGACUGCUUUGGGAAGGUCCGUUGACCUGAGUAAGUUCAAUGGCUAUAGCCAACUGAUAGCAGAAUUGGAUCACAUUUUCGAAUUUAAUGGUGAAUUAAUGGGACCGAAGAAGAAGUGGCUGAUUGUUUUUACUGACUACGAGGGUGAUAUGAUGCUUGUUGGAGAUGAUCCCUGGGAGGAAUUCUGUCACCUUGUCCGGAAGAUUUCUAUCUACACUCAAGAGGAGGUAAAGAAGAUGGACUUAGAAGUCACUAAUCCAAAACCGGAGGUAGUUUCAGCAAUAGCAAACAAAGGAACAGGAUCAGAAGAAGCCCAAAGUUUGGGUCAUCCUUCAGGUCAAUAGAGAAAGAGAGGGGUUUAGUGUUGUGUAAAUAAGGUUAGAGGUUUUAUCUUACUAAGUUCUGUUAUCAUUGGGGGGGGGAAAAUGCUGGAAAAUUUGUUUGUUCUUUUGAAGUAUAAGAUUGCAGUUCUCCUUUGAUAAUGGAUUUGCUGGUACACAAAAAAGACUACUCUAAAACCCCCCAAUUAAUAUUUUAUAGAGUAAAUGUGGAAGGGAGGGGUUCUUCAAUUUGUAGAGGUAUAAAAUGGUGCACAGCUUGGGUUAGCCAUUUGAAAUAGAACCCCCCUUUUAACAUUUUCAUUAGAUUUUGGAUAUUAAUGGCCAGUUGGAAGCCUGUGAAGUGGAUGAAAAUAGUGAAGGGGCGAUGUCCAUGUCCAUCCAUAGAAUAUUAUAAAAUUCUCAGUUUUUUUUUUUUUUUUUGGAAUGUUUGCUGUACAGUCUCCAGUAUUUUUAUUAUAUUUAUUUUUGUGCAUCUUUUGAGGGGUUUAAGGUUGGGGUGAUAUUUGGAUUAAUGUAAUGAUGUCUCAAAAUUCCCUAAUCA